CGCUGCAGGAGUCGGUGAGCAUCAAUGGCUUCUCUGCCCCAGCCAUUGCCGUAUGGCAGCAGCUACUAUCCUUCCGCCGGCUCCGUCCGGCACACUGGCAGGCCGGCGCCCGACGAGGGCGGAGGCUCCUUCGGGCCGGUGCUCGUGGUGCUCGCCGUCGUCUCCUUCCUCUCAGCCGCCGCGUGCAUCGCCGGCCGGCUGUGCGGCCGGAGGUCGUCGUCGUCGAGAGGAAAGUCCUCUGCAGAGCAGCAGAGCACUGCAGAUGCGGAGAAGGGGUUGGGUACUGCAAAGUGCCCGGCGGUUAUGAGGCCCCUGCCGAGCUCCCGCGCCACGGUGCACGACAUGGACGACGACGACGUUUUCGAGAUCAAGUUCGCGCACGUGAAGCCACCGGCGGAGUGGGAGAAACACGGCGCCGGUGGCGAUGGCGGGGGCAGGGGGCCCGCGCCGCCCCCGCCGCCG